AUUGGCACAAAAACUCACAUAUAUUAGAUCUAACGCUCCCGCCAUAGUCAUCACUCUCAAGCUCUCUCAUUCUCUAUUCGCAUCUUCAAUGGCAGACCCAGCGCUGCACCCAGAGACCCCAACCCACAACCAAACCCAACCCCUGAAGCAAAUCGCCAUAGACUACACCCCGGAGGCCUGCACACACUGCCCAGACGCCAACACCAUCACCCUCACCUACGACCACCGCGGCGGCUCACGGUGGCGCACCACCACAAGGUUCCUCUACGGCACCUUCAGCUCCCUCAUUCAGUGCCCACGUGGCAUCACCAGCGGCCUCAACUUCAACAUCUACCUCUCGUCCCUGGAAGGUGACAAGUCACAGGACGAGAUUGACUUCGAGUUUUUGGGCAAGGACAGGACAAUUGUGCAGACUAACUAUUACAUUGGCGGCACAGGUAACAAAGAGGAGUUUCAUGAUCUGGGUUUUGAUUGUUCUGAUGGGUUUCAUUUGUAUGUGAUCAAAUGGGGUCAGGAUUUGAUUGAGUGGUUGGUUGAUGGGAAAUUGGUGAGGAGGGUAGAGAGGAAAAAGGGUGAGGCUUUUCCUCACAAGCCUAUGUAUUUGUAUGCUUCUGUUUGGGAUGCUAGUUAUAUUGAGGAGGGGAGGUGGACUGGCAAGUACAUCGGGUGUGAUGCGCCUUAUGUUUGCCUCUAUAAGGACAUUCAUGUUCCUGUUAAAAGUGCUGUGGAGGGUUAAGGUUUGUUUGGGUUUGGCAAAGUUGGGUACUUUGAAAAUCUAAAUAAAAUGGUGGGUUGUUGGUUUUAUUUUUUGAUUGGUAUGGAUGAUGGAAGGAAGGAAUUGAUGUUAUGGGCAUGUUUGUUUGCCAGAUUGGGAAAAUGGGUUUGUUGUUGAUUUUGUGCAACUGUGUUGGAUGUUAUGCAUUUGUUUUUGUUUUGCUUGAUCUGGUGGACAGAGGAAAUGGUGUUUUCUGGUGUCAAAGUGGAUGCAGGCUUGUUUGACCUUGGGAGGAUGCCCU